CGUCCUCGUCGACCUAGGAGGUCGUUUCGCGCCUAAAGUCUUAUUUUUAUUCUGUGACAGCUGUCAAACAGAAAUGAGGUUUAUAUUUUUAUUCGUGGCGCUAGUGUCGCCUUUCUGCCUAACUGCGGGCCAGUCGAGCGAUGACAACGCCAUGGCGGUAGUACUGCAAAACGAGGCUAGCGAUGGCUACGUGAAUCUCGAUCCUACUUUAAGUGAAACUACAGGAAUUGUAUCAAAAGCUGGAGAAGACGAGCCUCAAGUUGAGAACUGCACAACAGAGGAUGGAUUUCCGGGCUUAUGUGUGAAGUAUUAUCUUUGCGAUCAGGACUCUAAGACUAUUAUUGAAGAUGGCUAUACUAUAAUAGACGUCAGAAUAGGUGGAGCUUGUGCGAAGUUAUUGGAUGUUUGUUGUCGACGUAACCAAAUAAAUGAAGAACCAAAAAAAGUGACCACAACGACAACUGUACCGCCUAUUGCCGCUUCAACUGAUGAUAAGGCGAUUAGCCCUACUGAUUUGAACAUACCUCUCGUGUUUGACAAGAAAACAAAGACAGGCAAGUGUGGGAUAAGCAAUCCAGGAAUAAAUAUAUUUGGCGAUACUCCCAGGAUGAGCGACGAUGAUACACCUCUAUCACCUGAUAAUAAAGUGUAUGCCGACUUUGGUGAAUAUCCAUGGAUGGUCGCUGUACUUAGACGUCAUGUAGAAGGAGAAAAAUGGAAUAAAAAUAAUUACAAAGGAGGUGGCACUCUUAUACAUCCAUCAGUUGUUAUGACAGUGGCUCAUAAUGUUGCGGGAAUGCAACCAGAAGAAUUAAAAAUCCGAGCUGGUGAUUGGGACACAAACACACAAGACGAAGAAUAUGAACACCAAGAAGUAAAUGUUGCUAAAAUUGUAGUUCAUCAGAAUUAUUUCAGGCCAUCAUUGUACAACGAUAUCGCUCUGUUGUUCUUGGAAAGACCUGUCGUAAUGGAUAGUCAGUAUCCUAACAUUGCGCUAGGAUGCUUGGACAGAAGACCACCUCCCGUCAACGCGACUUGCUUCAGUAUGGGCUGGGGAGCCAAUAACUUUAAUAACAAAAAUGUAUACGCAUCUGUUCUAAAGAAGGUUAAACUUGGAAUACUGGACCACAACGAUUGUGAGUCAAAGUUAAAGAAGACACGCCUCGGUCCUCUGUUCAGAUUGCACUCGUCCUUCAUAUGCGCCGGAGGUGAACAGGGUGUAGACACAUGCAAAGGCGAUGGAGGAUCCUCACUCGUUUGUCGUAUUAAAAACAGUUACGCUGUCUACGGCAUGGUCUCGUGGGGGUUAUCGUGCGGUAACAAGGAAGUCCCCGGCGUUUACGUAAAUGUCCCUUCAUUCUACGAUUGGGUGACCAGUCAAGUCGCAGCGGAGGGUCACGAUACCAAGACCUACGUGAUAACUUAAACCUAAGCUGUUUUAAUGAUUCAUCCGACGAAAACAGUAUACCGACAAAUUUAUCUGAUCCUGUGGCCAUAAACUGUGAAACUUUAAGUUGGGUACUUACCAACGUUACGAAGUGAUAUGUAACAUGUUACACGGCGAGCAUUCACACAGUCUGUACUUAGUGUUACGGACGUAGUGUUACAGCUACGAGGCGCUCGAUGCGAUUUUACUACACUUCGUAACAUUGAACAGUGCCCAGCUUUUAGAUUACGCGGUAUUACUUCCACUUGACGCCUGUCUUCUGUGUGGUCGUGUUAUUUCACCGGGCGAGCAGACCAAUUCGUGCAACUGAUGUUUUUGGGAGUUAUACCACUGUCACUGUUGUUUGGACUUUAAUCUAUCUACCAAUGUUUUAUUACAGAAUUUUAUAUAUAGUUGAGGAUGUUUAUUUCCUCCCCAUUUAGGUGAACCAUUUGUUUAUUGCAAAGCAAUUCGGUUGAAUAAUGUCAUAGCAAGACAUACAUCAAAUAUUAGCUCUUAUUGUAAUUUUAUGUACUAGUAUGUAUAUACAAUACUAACUGAAUAGCGAAUAUACCUAUAAUUCCUUGG